AAAACAAACAAUUGAUCUUUAUGUUUUAUUCAUUCAUUUCUUAUUUUUACUCACAUUGAAGAAGUUGAAUAGUGGAAGAUUUUCUUCUUUUUUUCUUGGAACUUAUUAUUGAACUUCUUGAAUAAUUUCCUAAAAUAAAAAUAGAAUAUAUUUUCUUAUGGCAAGUAAAAAGUCUCCAAGUAAUCUAUCUAAUCGUAAACAAAAAGAAAUUAAUUUAACUAAUCCAUCAUCAUCUACACCAAGAGAUACAACUAUACCAUUAUGGCCUGAAUGGAAUGAUCAAGAUGUGAAUAAUGAAAAAUGGGAUUCAUCACAGAAAACUAAAGAAAAGAGUAAAUUAUCAGCUGUACGUUAUGGAAAUUCUUUUUUUUUCUUCUUCUUCUUGAAGUACUUUUAAUUGAUUUUCUUUAGCAAUCAUCAUCAUCAUCAUCUACAUAUUUUAUUGAUCCAGAAUCACAAGUUUUAUAUCCAUCAUCCAUGAUACCAUUUAGUAUGAAAAGACCAAAUGAAUUUAUUACAGAAAAGGCACCUGUUGUAUAUGAUCCAGAAUUUGUAAAUCAUGUUGAUUUACUCUAUUAUAAUGAACAUUUAUUUAAAAAUGAAUUAUUAAGAUGGAUUAUAUGUGAUAUACAAAAUUUAUGGUUAUCAUGUAGAACACCAAUUCCUGAAUCUAUUCCUCCGACAGAGUUCAAUGAAUCAAAUAUGAUGAUGAAUUUAACUCAUUCAACCAAUUAUAAUUAUGAAUGGAAACCAUGGGAACAUAUUUAUGCCAUGACAAAAAUUACUAAAGAUAAUAAUAAUAAUACACCACAAUAUAAUCCUUAUGGAAAAUAUAUUGUCAAGCUGUAUUGGAUGGGUUGUUGGCGUAAAAUCAUUAUUGAUGAUUCAAUACCAUUUGAUGAAAAUAAUAAACCGUUACUUCCACAAAGUAAACAAUCUUAUGAAUUAUGGCCAAUGUUAUUAACGAAAGCUUUAUUGAAAAUAGCCUCUAUGGAUUGUAGAAAUACAUGUACCAAUACAGAAAUAGGGGAUUUCAGUACAAUACAAUGUUUAACUGGAUGGAUUAAACAUACUAUUGUAAUCAAGAAACAUUCCAUAGAUCAAUUAUGGUAUUACCUUAGUGAUUAUUUAUUAGAUUGGGAAAGAUUUGAUGAUGAUGCCAUAAAACGAAAUGAGAAAUCUAACAAAAUGGAACAAAAUGAAAUAAUACAAAAACUAGAAUCUCAUGAUUUGCCAAUCAAUAAAUCAAUAAUCAAUAAAGAGAAAUUGAAAGAAAAAAAAGGAAUAGAAAAAAAUAAAGAAAUGAAUAAAGAGAAAAAAGAACAAAUUGGGCAUAAUACAACAGAAUUAAUGAAUCCUAAGAUUCCUGAAACUAUAAUAUUUGCAUCGUGUAAAAAUACAGUUUCAUCAUUGGCAUCACUUGUUCCUUCAGCAUCAAAGGAGGAGAUUACAAUGAAACUUAAACAAUAUGGAUUCACUUAUACAGAUUCAUAUCCAAUUCGUAUAGCUAAACGUCGUACUAUACCACUUAUUCCUCCAUCACCUAUACAAUCUACACCUCAAUGGAAGUUGAUCAGACCAAGACCAUCUGAUUUUCCAUUUGAUUCAUCUAACAAUAAUAAUUUACAAUGUAAUAAAGAGAAAGAACCUAUACGUUCAUUACUUCUAUGGACACCUGUACAAGAGCAUAUAUUUUAUGAACCAGAGAAAGUUAUAACAAGUCCGCCUACUUCUACUGCUGAAUCAGUUUGUAUGUCAAGUUAUUCACCUGAUACAGGAAAACAAAUUAGUGGGACAUUAAAAACUAGAUCAAAUUCUCAAGCAUCACCAACACGUCGUCGACGUGAAUCCAUUUCAAAUAAUCCAAGUCCAUCUAGAUCUCAAAAAAGGGGUUCACGUGAAGACAUACUAAAGAAAGGGAUGACAAGUAAAUCAAAAGAAGCUAAAGGACAGAAUAAAACUCCAGAAACAAGUGGAAGUAGUCAACAAAAUUCUAGUUCACGUACAAACAAUUCAUUACACAUGAAAUCAUGCAGUGAAGAUAUUGUACCUGAAGUAUCAAUAACAACUAGUUCUGUAACGAACCCUAAAGAAAUAUGGCUUGAUAUAAAAGAUUUUUGUGAAAUAUUCAAGACAGUGACCAUUUAUCAUAAGCCAAAUACAUAUUCAAUUGUGAAAACAUAUUCCAAUUUAAAACUUCAUUUAUUAAAGAGAAUAAUUCAAAUUCACAAAAUAAUUCACCUGAUGAUUUACAAUCUACAACUUAUGGUAUUAAUCCAUCAAUACAAACAUUACCAUCUACAUCAUCUACAUCAUCUAUAUCUAAUCAUCCAUCUACACUUUUAAUUGAAUCUUAUCAUUGGAAUAAAUCAAUACAAGGUGAUCCAAUAAAAUAUCUUGAAACAACUGGUACUAAUUCUAUA